CUCAAUUGGUUUCCCCCUUUUCGCCUGACCAGUGAACCAACCAGCUGUACAUGUCAGCUGGGGGCCUGGCAGCAGCAGCCGCCUGUCUGUCUGUCUUGUCUGUCUUUCUCACUCGGGCUCACUCGGGAGGAAUGGCAGGCUGGGGGCUCUUCUUCGUCUCUCUGCUCAACUACAAGACGGAGAAAUAUGUCAUCGCCGAGAACAGGAGAAUCGGAAUAUUGUUUCGCCUCUAUCAGCUGGCCGUGCUGGGAUACAUCAUAGGGUGGGUGUUUGUGGUGAGGAAGGGCUACCAGGAGAGAGAGGAGGCCGUCCAGACCUCAGUCAUCACCAAGCUCAAAGGUGUCACGCUGACCAACAGCUCCGAGACGGGGCUUCACCUCUGGAGCGCCGAGGAUUACGUCAUACCCCCAAAUGGCGAGCAGGUGUUCUUCAUCGUAACGAAUUACAUCGAGACCCCCAACCAGAGACUGGGCUUCUGCUCUGAGAGUUCAAAGGUGCCAAGUGGACGAUGUCUGAGCGACGACGACUGCGUCGAAGGGGAGACAGUAACAGCUGGCCAUGGAAUCAAGACCGGCCUGUGCAUAAACAGCACCGGGACCUGUGAGAUCAACGCCUGGUGUCCGGUUGAAUACAGCAAACGCCCAUCGGAGCCCUUACUGAGUGACGCAGAAAACUUCACCAUCUACAUCAAGAAUUUCAUCAGGUUCCCAAAGUUUGAAUUUUCCAAGUCCAACGUCCUUGAAACCUCUGAUGACAGCUACCUGAAAAGAUGCUCCUACGACAGAGAGAUGCAUCCUUACUGCCCUAUCUUCCGCCUCGGAGAUCUGGUCAGCUGGACUGGACAUGAUUUCCAGGACAUGGCUGUUAAGGGUGGGUCUGUUGGUGUCCUAAUUGAAUGGAACUGUGACCUGGACAAGGACUCCUCACGGUGUAAUCCACAGUACAGCUUCACUCGCCUAGACAUGAACCUGAACAACUCAGUCACAUCAGGAUACAACUUCAGAUAUGCCAGGUAUUUCAAGGAUCAAAAUGGUGAAACCUAUCGCACUUUAUAUAAAGUGUAUGGCAUCCGCUUCGAUAUAAUGAUCAAUGGCCAGGCUGGGAAAUUCAAUAUUGUUCCCACAUUAAUUGCCAUUGGUUCAGGUGUUGCUCUGCUGGGUGCAGGAGCCUUUGCAUGUGAUAUGAUACUACUGUACAUGAUGAACACGAGCUCCUUCUACCGGGAGAGGAAGUUUGAAAUCAUCAACUUCAAGAAAGAUCGGACAAAACCCAAGGACGGAAAGGCUGGACACCGAGAGAAGAGAUCCAAGAAACCAGCUGCAGAGAAAGGGGUCGGCAACUCCGUCCAAGUGGAGGAAACCGACGCCACUACCACCGCAGAGGGGCAGCCUUCUGGGGAGAGGAGGGGUCCCACCAUUCCACGCAACACAGGACAGCGGUACUCCGCCAAUGUCUCUACGACCCAAGUUGCAGAGCCAAAGCAUCAUAUCACGUUCUCGUCACACUGCUAACCGUGCAGACAGAGCAAGACAAAUCACCCGCAGUGGUCCCGGUUUGGUUGCAGGAGGUGGAACCAAAAGUGGGACGGAUGUCCACCUCUCAUCUACUGGUAUGACUGUUGGCGUGCCAACAAGCUUGAGAGAUGCUCAUCUUGACUGAAAGUGUGUUGGUCCAGGGAGAUGUCAAUGUUUCUGCACUGUGCGCGUGGGCCUUGACACCGAUACGGAGAUGCACAUGAGGGUGGUUUUGAGCAGCUGGGUCAGGAUCCAAUAGUGCAAAGUGGAAAAUGACAACAGGUCCAUUAAAAAUGACAAGUAAAUGUACUGUGAUAAUGUCGAGGCAGUUAGCCAAUUUAUUCCUCAAAGACUUUUAGUGAAUUACCAAACAGGGCAGUUACUGUUUUACAAAUUCUUUGUCAUAAAUUGAACACUUGGAAGCUUAUAAAGCAUCAUGUCCAGUUUGAGUAAUGUAUGAUGGGCCUUAGUUUUGACACGUCAAGAAUUAUAGCAAAAAAUUACUAAGACAUGAGAAUAAUAAAAAUAAAAGAUUAAGUGACUUCUUCUACAUCAGUCUGCAGAUAUCUUAAACAUUCACCGUUAGAGAAAUGAUAAUGUAAUUUGAGUUUUAGGGAAUGUUUUUUUUUUUUAAAGCGCAGUAUAAGAAAAUGUGAACCGUCUUAAUUGUUCCUAUUUCAGCUGAAUGCAUCACGCACCUGUGUUUGGACAAAGGUUUGAAUGUAUGGUUAAACGCUGCAUUGUCGCGUUUCCUGCUGUCGAGUUGCCCGAUUGUGACAUUCACAUCUGCAGUGAAAUGGCUACAACACAAUCAUAUUCACUCAUGAAGCAGUUGAAUGUAGUCUGCCAUGUGCUGUCAGUCUUCUGUGAGGAAACAGGUUCACUGGUGAUUGUUAAUAGACAGUGAAGUGCAAUGACGCCUUUUCCUGUUUCUAUUUAUUGAAUGUUCUUUAUUGUUGCAAAUAAAUGUAAUUGUCAUGUUGA